UAUAUAUUAAGAAAUUGUGAGGUUGAAAAUAAGUAGUAUUAAAACUAUAUGUUAUAAUCUUUAUAUUACCUUUGAUAUUAAUCAUGGUGUUACUACUUACUAGUGAGUUGUUUGCAGCAACUAUAAUAUAUAUCAUAUUACAUAUUAUUAUUUCAAAAUUAAUAGCCACCCUCCGGGAGCGGAGGUGGCGGCUACCGCCAGGUCCAACGGGGUUUCCGGUGAUCGGAGCACUUCCACUUUUAGGUUCUAUGCCACAUGUUGCACUUGCAAAAAUGGCCAAAAAAUAUGGACCUAUUAUGUAUUUAAAAGUUGGUACAUGUGGUAUGGUUGUUGCUUCUACCCCUAAUGCUGCUAAAGCUUUCUUGAAAACACUUGAUAUUAAUUUCUCCAAUCGUCCACCAAAUGCAGGUGCCACACAUUUGGCCUAUAAUGCCCAAGACAUGGUUUUUGCACCCUAUGGACCUCGUUGGAAGUUGCUACGGAAAUUGAGCAACUUACACAUGCUAGGUGGGAAAGCCUUAGAAGAUUGGGCUAAUGUCCGCGCCAAUGAGCUAGGCCACAUGCUAAAAUCGAUGCUCGACGCUAGCCGGGAGGGCGAACGCGUGGUGGUGGCGGAUAUGUUGUCGUUCGCGAUGGCAAACAUGAUUGGUCAAGUGAUAUUAAGUAAGAGAGUGUUUGUGGAAAAAGGGGCGGAGGUCAAUGAAUUUAAGAACAUGGUCGUGGAAUUGAUGACAGUAGCAGGAUAUUUUAAUAUUGGUGAUUUUAUUCCUAAAUUAGCUUGGAUGGAUUUACAAGGGAUUGAAAAAGGGAUGAAAAGUUUGCACAAAAAGUUUGAUGAUUUAUUGACAAAAAUGUUGGAUGAACAUGAAGCAACUAGUUAUGAAAGAAAAGGGAAACCUGAUUUUCUUGAUGUUGUUAUGGCAAAUAGGGAUAAUUCUGAAGGAGAAAAGCUCAGUACAACAAAUAUCAAAGCACUUUUAUUGAAUUUGUUCACAGCUGGUACAGACACUUCAUCAAGUGCAGUAGAAUGGGCACUUGCUGAAAUGAUGAAAAAUCCCCAAAUUUUCCAAAAAGCACAACAAGAAAUGGACCAAAUAAUUGGCAAAAAUAGACGUUUAAUUGAAUCUGAUAUUCCAAAUCUCCCUUAUUUACGUGCAAUUUGCAAAGAAACAUUUCGAAAACACCCUUCAACGCCACUAAAUCUCCCUCGGAUGUCGAGCGAGCCGUGCACGGUCGAUGGUUACUACAUACCAAAAAAUACUAGGCUCAGCGUCAACAUAUGGGCGAUUGGACGAGAUCCUGACGUGUGGGAGAAUCCGUUCGAGUUCAAUCCCGAGAGGUUUCUGAGCGGAAAAAACACAAAGAUUGAACCUCGAGGGAAUGAUUUCGAGUUAAUUCCAUUUGGUGCAGGACGAAGGAUUUGCGCGGGGACAAGGAUGGGAAUAGUGAUGGUGGAGUAUAUAUUGGGAACUUUGGUUCAUUCAUUUGAUUGGAAAUUACCAAAUGGUGUUAUUGAUAUUAAUAUGGAAGAAUCUUUUGGAUUAGCUUUGCAAAAAGCCGUCCCUCUUGAAGCUAUGGUUACUCCAAGGUUACCUUUGGAUGUUUAUCUUUGCUGAUCUAGCGAGUCUUUCUAACUCGCCUAUAGUGCAACAUGUCUGUUGAAGACUGUCACAUAAGAAACUCAGCUAUUAACUACAUAUAAAAAUAUUGAUAAUGCUAUAUCCCCAAAGGAUAUGUUUUGUAAUUUGUUUGGCUUUCUUCUAAUAAAUUUUUAUGCUUGUGGAUUUUUUUUCUUG